ACAUGCCCUUCCCAUGUUUAAGACAAUAGGGUGAAAUUUGAAGGAGAUUAUAAUUGGCUGAGAGAGGAGGCAGAAGUUUAACAGGAGGUUGCACGGUUCGUCCGACAACCUGCUUAAAGAGUUCACUUAAGGGUUAUACACUUAUCCCUCCGUCUGUAUUGUUCCCAAUUACAACCCAGUCGUAGUGACACUUACUGACAUACUGCUAUGUUGUUACAUCUGGACAAACUAAUUGAUGUGUUUGUUUAAUGUCUGAUUGGUCGAACACGCUAACCUCACACACACAUACACACUCAAAUACAAGCACAGUUUUAUUAACUUCCACACAUCUCUCACUUGCACACAGGCUUGCACAUGGCUUCAUUCAGAAUGAUUAAACGACAGUUUGCUUGCCGCCAGAUGUUUCGAAAUGUUAUCAAGUUGUCAGAACCAACUUUAGCACCACCAUUAUACCAGCUGCAACCUCGAGCUAAUUCAGUCAGUUUAGCUUCUACCAAGAAAAUUUUAGAAGAAUCUCUGUCAGAAAUAAAAAACGCUGGAACUUGGAAAAAUGAAAGAAUUAUUGUCUCCAAACAAGGUGCUCAAAUCGGUGUGGAAGGUCAAACUAGCUCAAUCCUCAACUUUUGUGCCAACAACUAUUUAGGCCUAUCAGCACAUCCAGAAGUCAUAGAAGCUAGCAAAAAAGCUUUAGACACUCAUGGUGCUGGGCUAAGCUCAGUACGCUUCAUAUGUGGAACACAGAAUAUUCAUCGAGAACUUGAAGAGAAAUUGGCUUCAUUUCAUGGAAGAGAGGAUGCUAUUCUCUAUGCUAGCUGUUUUGAUGCAAAUGCUGGUAUUUUUGAAGUUCUACUUAGUCCUGAAGAUGCUGUUAUUUCUGAUGAACUCAACCAUGCAUCCAUUAUUGAUGGAAUUCGACUGUGUAAAGCUCAGCGCCACCGUUAUCUUCACAAGAAUAUGGAAGAUUUGGAGAAAAAACUUCAAGAAACAUCUGGUGCUCGACAACGCCUCAUUGUUACAGAUGGUGCUUUCAGUAUGGAUGGCAAUGUGGCUCCACUAAUAGAAAUCUGUGACUUAGCUGACAAAUACAAUGCUAUUGUGUUUAUUGAUGAAUGUCAUGCUACUGGAUUCUUUGGUAAGACUGGCAGAGGAACUGAAGAAUAUUAUGGCAUUGAAGGCCGUGUUGAUAUCAUCAAUUCUACCCUUGGAAAAGCAUUGGGUGGUGCUGCAGGUGGAUAUACUACUGGACCCAAGGCUUUGAUUGAUUUGUUACGACAGAGGUCUCGCCCAUACUUAUUCUCCAACACACUUCCACCUCCAGUUGUGGCCAGUGCUAGCAAGGCAUUAGAUCUUAUCAUGCAAGAUGACAGCCUGACUGGUAAGGUUCUGUCAAAUACAAAACGUUUUCGAACUCAGAUGGUCAAUGCUGGCUUUACUAUGUCUGGUGAUCCUGACCAUCCAAUUUGUCCUGUGAUGCUGGGAGAUGCUCGACUUGCUUCAAAUUUUGCUGAUAAAAUGCUGCAGCAAGGCAUCUAUGUAAUUGGUUUCAGUUAUCCAGUUGUGCCAAUAGGUAAAGCUCGGAUCAGGGUUCAAAUCUCAGGUGCUCAUUCUGAGGAAGAUAUUGAUCGUGCUGUGUCUGCAUUCAUAAAUAUUGGCAGAGAACUCAAAGUUAUCAGUUAAAAAGUAUAAAACAAACAAACACUCUUAUUGUUGCUAAUGCUGCUGGUGUUGGAAUUUUUCUCAUUUCUUCCAAUUUCUUAAAUGGUUCUUUUGUCUUUAUCAAACUCACUUAAGGCCCUUGCUGUGGCUAGACUAAUGUAUAGCCCCUGUUGUGACUGGGCUUACUCAUUGCCUGCCUCUAACAUAUUAUUCUUUAUCCCAUCUAUCAUUGAGUUUCUUUCCCAAUAUAGUCUUAAUCCCUCUUCUCUCCUCCAUCUCUUUCUCUCACUAAGCUGUUAAAUUAUACUAUUAUUAUUCACAAAUUGUACUGUUAUAUUAACUUUUUUCUAGAAUAUUCUGUCUCUUUCUUUCUUUCUCUUUUUUUCCCCACCAGUUUCUUCUCUCUCACCACUUCGGUAUUAGCUACAUGUUACAGACAUACACUAACAUUUAUACAUACACACAUUUACACAUGCACAGAUUUGUAUGUGUUUAUAAAGAGAUGUGCACCAAAUUAUGUGCUAUUUCCUUGCAGUUGAAAUCUUUUAAAAUUAAUCAAAACAGAUUCUCAGUCUUGGAAAAUUAUUCACAUAUCAAGCUCUUACUGAAUCUAUAAUUGAGCUUUAAAUCUCAAAAAACAUAUAUUCUUUUAUACAUUCCAGCCAUGUGGCUGCGGUCAUGCUGGAACAGUAUUUUAAAAAUAAAAUUUAAAAUAUAUAUGAAAAUCUAAAUAAGCUAUAUAAAAAAAAAAUAGUUGUAAGCCCAAUUUGAACAAUAUGAGAAUUAAAAAAAAAAAAAAUCUGGAUCAAAAAUAAUUGGAGGAUGAAUCUCAGAAGAUUUCCAUGUGGAAACUUCACCAUUUCCUAAUUAUUAUUUUAAUCAUAAAAGGACUAAUUCACCUGAAAUACUGGAAUGCCAGAUUAAGUACAUUGAUUGGCAUUAAUUAAGUCCUUUUAUGUUUUUGAAUUCAAAUCCCAUGAAGAUCAACUUUACUGUUCAUCUCACUGGGAUUGAUAAAAUGAAAAAAAAAAAACAGUAAUGUCUAAGUUUGAAUCUGUUGAUUACACUUCAUUUCUACAAAUUCCUGGCCUUUUGCCAACCUUAGAGAUUAUUAUUAUUGUGAUGAGUGCUAUUGUUGUGAUGGCAAGUUGUUUUUUCAAUUAAUAUUUUCAUUCCUGACUGAAGCAUUAUUGCCACAUAAACUCAUUCCUUCUUCCUAUAAAUUUGAGGCUUUAUGUUUUAAACAUUAUUGUGGUAAAUGCCAUGGUGCUAUGGUAAUGAAUCCACAGUGGAUUCAACUGCCUCAUUUCAUACUUCCAACUGAACCACAUUAACUUUUAUAGCUAAUUUUCUUGCAGCAUCAUAGCUUCCUAUUUUCCUGUUCCUUACCAAUUCAAUUAUGUAAAAUAUAUUAUUGUUAUUAUGAUAGGUGCCAGAUACAGUUUAGUGAACUAAUUUUAUCACUUGAUUUUGAUUCCCAGCAGAAACUAUUUUCAUGCCUCUGCAACCCCUAAUGCCUUUAGGAAAGCCAUGAGCAUCACAAUUUACCAAACAUUUGCUUCUUAUAAAUCUCUGAGGAAUUACGAUCUGACAAAUUAAGAUCUGAGGUAUUGUGUUGAUAAAAUAAAGAUCUGUGGGUUUUUUUUACCUAGAAAGUA